CCUAACUUCGGUGUAAUUGAAAUUGUGUGAUUGUAACACAGGUUACAGCGGUCAAUUUUUGAAAGCUCUGUAAGCUCUGUCAGACUCCCAGGACUUAACAAUUUAUAGCCAAAGAAUACCGGUAUAUAUUAUAAAUAAAUAUUUGACUUAUACAGAGAGAUGUCGCCAUGACGUCAUUUGCGUGUUUAUUUUAAUUAUAGUUAUAGUUGCAGUGAAUUAAUUUUUUUUUAGCGUUCGGGUUAGGUUCAGCAUUAUAUUCCCAGCCGAUAAAUGGUUCACUACCAGACCACUAGGACUAGUAGUAAUAGUAAUGAUUAUUUCCUGCCGAAUUUGAAUAACCAUUCAGUCCAUUCCUUAAAAAAAAAAUAGCACCAUAAGCCAUAAGUCUAAGUAUUAGUUGGCUAAUUAGUAAUUAUUAUAUUUUUAACUUCAAGUUAGGCCUACGCCUACUACUACUACUACUACUACUUCUAGCAGAAUUUAGAAUUGAUAGUAAAGCCCUACGCCUACACUAAGUGGGGCAUUAUUAGGCAUUAUUAGUAUAAGAUUAUAAGGGAUAUAGAGGCCUAAAUUGCUAUAUUAUAGAUUCCAAUGAGCCAUUGUUAGUAGGCCUACCAAAGCUAGGCCCAACUAGUUCUAGUAUCAGUGGUUGAGAGUGAAGUUUUAAAUCUAACUUUUAAGUUAAACGUUAAAUAAGGCAAAUUAAGGCAUUAAAACUAAACAUAAAACUAAAGACCCAGUUCAAGAAACUGACCCUGAUCAGGCCUGCUCUGUAAUUUUUAUUUAUUUUGAUGUCAAUUGGUGUUCUAAUUUGUCUUGCGAGAUAGGUGCUUUCAAACUUAAUAUUAUUUAAAUACAAUGAUUACUAUUGAUCAGCCCAGUCAGUAGUAAUUCUAGGAGGGGGCCUGCCUCAGGCAGUACUUUAAGGGAUAUUUAAACCAUUAAAUAAAUGAUGUGUUUGUUAGAGAGCACACUUUUGGUAGUCUAUUGCGUGUGAAAAUUUGUCAAAGUACAACGCUUGGUUCUGUGCCAGUGACAUAAUGUCAAGGCUAAGGUCAAGGAGGAAUGCUGUUGAUAAUACAAACACAGCUAAGUAGGCCAAACAAAAUUAAAUCCUUCAAUGUCUUGAAUUAGUUAAAUUUUGCAUCUGACCUAAAAGAUGACAACAUUAAUCAACUUAACUUAAUCCGACUUAUCCUGACAACUUAUUUUUUAAGUAUCUUCAGGAUCACUUAAUUAAUGCCUGAUUUGUAACUUGACUUAGUCUUAAUCUUUAUUAAUAGCAAUAUAACAUUACUCUCAAUAAUGAGUUUAUUGACUCUAAUUUUAUUUUUAGAGUUGAGAGUAGACGACGGCUGUAACAUGCAGAAAACAAAUAUAAUUAUGCUUCUUUUGCCCAUUCUACUGGUCAUCAUAAAAGAAUCUGGAGCUGAAAAAGAAAAGAAGUUGCAGAUAGGAAUAAAAAAACGUGUUGAUCCAGAGAAAUGUAAAAUCAAGUCUAGGAAAGGAGAUAUUUUACAUAUGCAUUAUACCGUAAGGAGUGUUAGGCCUAACUUAAUUUAAUGCUGAAUGCUAUUGGAAGAAAGAUCCAGUUCCUAAUAAUUUUGUAUUAUUUUUUCAUAUCCAAUAAAUUAUUAAAUUUGUCAACACCACAUUUGUCCCUGAAAUAAAUGUAGAAAUGUAUAAUGUCUGUACCUUUAGGGCAAGCUGGAAGAUGGGACUGAGUUUGAUAGUAGCCUCUCUCGCAAAGAACCUUUUGUUUUCACAUUAGGAACGGGACAAGUUAUCAAAGGAUGGGAUCAAGGUUUGCUAAAGUAAGUUAAUUUAAGUUUAUUUAUGACCGUUCUAUGUUGCAGUAACUUAAUUUUAAUAUUUUCAUUACCUUUAAAUAAUUAAUUCACAUGUCGUUUUUUAAAAUUACCCUGAAAAGGUGAACAAGUAGUUGUAUACCUUUUAAUUUUUUUUAUUCCAACAUAUACCAGUACACAGUUAGAAUUCAUUGAAAUUAUGUGUUUAAGUAAAGCUUUACAGGACAUUUAUAAAUAAUCAUCAAUGAACUUGAAUUUUAUGCAUAGUGAUUACAAUAAGAAUAGGAAGUAAAUGAUCAUAAGCAAAUAAUUUUGAUAACUUAAGAGAGUUUUCUUUUAAAAAAAACUGAUAUUGUAAAUUUUUUUUCCAUUAAGCAUGUGUGAAGAGGAGAAAAGAAAGCUUGUAAUUCCUGCUGAUAUGGGAUAUGGAGACAGGGGUGCACCACCAAAAAUACCAGGUGCAUUUUAAUUGUAGAUAACCAAUGUCUUGAAGAGAUAACACAUAUCUUAAAUUGUGAUGUUUUUUUAAUGCUUUUUGUUCAGGAUUUGUUCAAGGGCUUUAGCUUUAACAUGCCUUUGGUAAGAAGUGGAAAUAUUGUUUGUAACACCCACAUUAUGAAUUUUAUGAUAUAUGAACAUUAUUACCUGUAUGAAGAUAAACACGGAAUGUAGGAAUGCAGCAUGGAAAUUCUAGUUUUUCUUGACAAUCUUUACAUUUUUCUCUGUAGGAUGAGCAGUUUAUAUGAAUUUGACAUACCUACCUUUUUUUAGGCACCUAAAAUACCUAUCAUCUUUCGAAAAAAAUAAAAAUAGUUUCAUUUAUUUUAAAUAUUUUAUAUCCAUAAUAAUAAUAGUUAUUAAAUAGCAUAUACUUAAUUUUUUCAGGUGGUGCGACGCUGGUUUUUGAAGUGGAGUUGAUCAAAAUAGAAAGAAAAGAAGAACUGUGAUUUUAUAAAAAAUUUGUUUUGCGAUUUUUUUUUUUCUUUUUUUAGGAAAGAUUAUUUAAACCAUAUCUUUGUAUUACCGUACCUUAACACACACACAAUUGAUUCUUAACCACAAAAAGGGACCUAAAUCAAUAUCUGUAGAAAAAUCUUGGCAUCGUUUUAAUUAAAUUUUUGAAUUAAUCUCAAUCAUGUACCAGUAUGUAUUUGAGGAUACUUUGCUCAUUGAUGUUUUAAGUCAUACAUCACUUUUACUAAUAAUUUGAAUUAAUAUCUUCUUUGAAUAAAGGGAUCAAAAAAGAACCCAAGUUUUAAAAAUAAAUUUGAAAUGAAUGGGAUCAGCCUAGACAUUAAGAUUAUUUAUUUUAAUUCAAAUGUAUUCAUAAUAUUAUUUUUAACUCAUCAUCGACAUCAAUGUAACAUUAUUUAAUGAUUUUGAAAAGUGAUUAAUUUAUUCAGAGAAAAAAAAUUGCAAUAAUAAAAGAAACAAACCUUGUCAUCAGAAAAAAACUAUCAUGCAAUUCAUCUUCAUUAACUUGUUUGGACUGUGUAUACCACCACCAUUCCAUAAUUUUUGUUUCCUUCUCAUUUUAAGCGCUCAACCAAAAAAAAAGUGUCCAAGUGGCCUAAAAUGUUGCAAUAUAUAAAAACCACUUAUAAGAUGUAUGGCUUCAUUAAUUUUAUUUCAUACCUUGACAGUUUUUUAAAGCUUAUUUUAUAGUCUAUCAUAUUUUGUUCAAAUACAGUAUUAAAUAUGUGGUUUAGAUUUGCUUUCUUUAAAGUACUUCUUUAUUUAUCCCCACUUAUGACUUACAGUAUGUCAAGUAUUUUAGAAAUAUUAAAAAGCUGCCGAAUUGAAAGUGCACUUAUUGAUUCCACAAUGCAAUAUAUUAUACCAUGCAGAGUUGCAAUGACAAAAAAUUGUCAGUUUUUUUAAAAUUUUAAAAACUUUUGAUUGAGCAAAAUUUAAUAUCUUUGUAUGCAUAUGUAUGCUUUAAUAAUUAAAUAUUGCUAUGCUAAUAUUUCAGUGAUUAAUAUAAAAUUCAGUUGCUUCAUUUAAGAUCAUUUUGAUCAUUAUGUAAUAAAACUCAUUAAUAGCUUGAUAAUGAGUAAUAUUUACUCUAUUAAAACUUAAAACAGUUACAGUAAAUAUGUUAAAUAAAUUUUAUUGAGCAGGAAUGCUAAGUAAUUUUAUUAUAAUAGUUAUUUAAACUUUUAACAUGCAUUAUUUAGCCAAUACUAAAAGAAAAUUUAACUUACAAAAUAUAAUUUAUUUCUUCCAAAAAUGCACCACAAAAAAGGUCAAUGAAAUAAAUUUACUUUUCCCCAACUUGUUCAAGUCUAUUGUUUUAAAUUAAUUUAUAUAGAAAUCUAUAUUAUGUCUGUUCUUAUACAAUUAAAUUGAUUGUGUUAAUUCAACUUAUUCUUUUAGUUGAAUAUAAAUUAUGGAAAUGAAUUGUAUAUUGACUGCAGAGCAUAGAGGUGAAUAAUUUUGCUAUUCACAAUGGCUCAGCCCAAUUUAGUUUUAUAGUGCAAUGUUAGGCUUUCGGAUUUAUGUGAAUGGUUAAAAUUGCAUAUUUUCUGCAUAAGCUUCAAGAAAUAUUUUUAAAGAAAAGCAGAGCCAUAAAUUAGUAUGAAAUGUGAUUUUGUUAAAUGUCACACACUCAAGCCUUGACAUACAAUAACUUGAAUAAUGUACGAAGUCUUUUUUAAAACUUGAAUUUUAGGGCUAACUUAAAUGUCUCUUAAGGAUAACUUUUUAAUUUUUAGAAAUUUCUUAUAGCUUUUUCUGAACAAUUAAUGCACUUUUUAAAUAAUUUUAUUAUUCAAAUAAAUUAAUUUCUAUACAUUUAUUAUGAUAUAUCCCUUAAAAAAAAAAAAAAAAAUUGUAAAAAAAAAAUGUCCCAAAUAAAAAAUGCAGGCUGUCUUAAACAUAAA